AUGGCUAACGAUCGGGCUGAUGACAUGGGAAGGUGGACAUUCGAACCUACAUUCGCUCCUCAAGGAGCAACUGUUCAGCCUGAUGGCACAAUCACGAGUGAAGAGAUUCCCUUGGAGCAUAUUCACGGAAGUGAACACAACAUCCAAUCACCGGGGGAUGUUUCGCAGGUGGCUACAGCUCCAAAUCUCCCCGGGCAGGGAAAUGGCCUUAUUUCGGACGUUGUACCUCACAUCGAACCAGUCGAACAUAGACAUGACCCGACUCUGCCUCUUAAUUCUCGAGAUGUCUGCGCAUUUAUCGUCAAUAAAAUGAUUGGAACUGGAAUAUUUAUCCAGCCACCAGCAGUCCUUCUAUUUACCCAAAGCAAAGUCGAGGCAUUGUUCUUAUGGGUCCUUGGGUUUCUUUACACCCUUGUUAGGAGGAGAGUUAAUUUAUGUAAGCAUUAUGCACUUGGCACCCACAAUUCUCAACUAAGUUUGAAUGAACAGCUGGAUGAAACACUGCCAACACCGAGGCUUCUCGCAUACACAGUAUACACCUUCUACUUCGUCCUCAUGUACAACACGGCGACAAAUAGCAUGCAGUUGGCGAACCAAGUACUUAUUAGUGCAAAUUUCCGGAAUCCAACGUUCGAGCCAGAUGGCAGAUUGCUUCGAUUCAUAGCUAUUGUGUCAUUUUCCUUCUUUUGUCUAUUGCAUUAUUUCUCCGGGCAUGCUGGGCGCAAACUCAAUCAAGUCCUUGCAUUCUUCAAAGUGUGCUUGCUAGUGAUCGUGUUUUUCGCCGGACUCGUCAGAGCAAGCCAUCACUACACUGCCGAUUGGACGAAACCUUCGAAUCCAGAUCGCUCAAGCUCCGCCACUGCUUUUCUACUUAUUGUAUUCAGUUAUACCGGGUGGGAAAAUGCAACCUUCGUUACUGGGGAGAUUGCCAACCACCGCAUACUAAGGGAUGGUUUUGUCUCAGCAAUUCUGAUCGUCGGGAUUUUAUACAUACUCGUGAACCUCGUAUUUCUUUUGGCGGUGCCAUACUCGGCCUUGAUUGGGCCAAAUGCAAUCACAGCAUAUGUCCCCUUGUUCUUCGGGGGAGGCCUUAAAGCGAAGCUAACUUGGUCUAUCCUUAUCUCAAUCUCGGCGAGCGGGAGCCUGUUAUCAGUAAUUUAUACUUGUGCUCGAGUGAAACAAGUUAUUGGCAUGAGUAAUAUCAUUCCUUGGUCAAAGUGGUGGAAGUCGACUUCACCCGUGCCACCUCCUCGCCAACGUUCGGAAGGCCGUUCAGAACGACCGACGCCAAAAGGAGGCUUGAUACUUCACUGGAUCUUCUCCGUGGUGUUGAUUUCAGCAACUUCCGGGAUGUAUAAUAUUGAUGAAGCCAUCGGGUUCCCAGGUGGCCUCCAAGCGUAUGCUUCAGGCUGGGUAGGAAUCUUCAUUAGUAUUGGUUUCCCAUUUCUUUUCCCUAGUAAAGAUUUUCUCUUCAUGAAAGCGCGACAAAUUCCCCUCCCGACGAUACGGACUUGGAGCCAACCUGUAGUAUCAGUCCUUGUGCGAUCACCCUUUGCCAAGGGUUUCUUCAGUUUUGUUUAUUUUGGCUUCAACGUAUACAUCGUCACUGUGCCUCUCCUCGGGCCUUACCAAGACGCGAAUGGGACGAAAUUAGAAGUCAAAGGGUGGUAUUAUAUUCUUAUUGUUGGUUGUAUAUUCACCGCUGCAAUGGUCUACUAUUACCUCGCUUUUGGGUAUCGACAAACCUUCGAUGCUACUCGCAAUAUCAUACAACCAAAAAGAUCGAUAGUCCGCGCUGCUAGAGGCUGUCCUCUACUACACGAGGAACAGGUCCAUGACCCACAGUAUGGUGUGCGAAGAUGGGUUGAAAUUGAAUAUGUGGAUCCGAAACCGAGCUAUAUCUACUGGUUCUUCGGAGGAUCUAAGAAUGAGCAUUAUCCGAAUUCCGCUAUAGUAGAUGUGUGGAACCAUCUUAUGGGACGUUAAGGCCGUUUGUCGCUAGGAGCUUUUUUAACGUCAUCACCAUAUGGAAUGAAGGACUUCGAGAUUCGGAUUAUAGAAGAAUGAACAUGACUUUAGAGUCAUUUCAAGGCGGCUCAAGACCUCAAUACUAUUCCGGGAGAGCAAUCUUACGAAGAAUCAUAUUGCUAUGAGCC